AUUUUCUUCUCGCAAGUAUAGCCCGCCCUUGUCUCUGUUACUUAAACACUUCCGCAUGAGUUAUAUCAGUCCAUUGUUUUCCGCUAGAGCUAAAUGACGUGUUUCUGUAUUGACGUUGCUUACAAAGUGUGACUAGAGUAUGUUACUCGUUACAUUCCACCUACAACACCGUGACAUUGAGGAGCUACGAGACUCCGUGCUUAUCUAUCAGGUGGCUGUCUUUACUCUUUUUGUACAGUACAGUAUAUUGGCUAUUCCGAAAGACAACAUUUGAACACUUAGGUAUUUUCAAGGAGGCCGGUGACUCACAGUUGAAACAGUGCAGUUUCUAGAGCUCCCAGGAAGGCAAACAAGAGACUCUUCAUUAUCCUUAAGGCUGCAAAGACAAACAUACAUUUCUGAAUGUGUAAAAUUAUCAAAAUUAGACAUAUCAAAUUGUUCAAAACAGUUCAUUUUAAGAAGCAAAGUUUGACUUGACUGUCAGAAAGCUAGAACUUGGUGGUAUUUUGUACAAUUUUUCAGUUUGGAUUUUUGCAACAUGAUUAGGCAAUCUGGACUCCUCAAAUGGACACAAAACAACAAAAUUGGGAAAAAGGAAGGAACACGACGUUGGGUUCAUCUACCUGAAUCUUUACAAACUGGCCAUGUUGCUUAUCUUGUUAAGUUUUUAGGUAACACAGUGGUUGACCAGCCUAAAGGAAUUCAUGUUGUUAAAGAGGGAAUUAGAAAGCUUAAGUUUUCACAACAGCUGAAAAAGUCAGAAGGAGGAAAGACUCCUAAAGUUGAGCUUACUAUAUCUGUGGAUGGAGUAGCCAUUCAAGACAUAAAGACUAAGAGAAUAUUUCAUCAGUUUCCUUUGCAUCAGAUCUCUUAUUGUGCUGAUGACAAAUCAGAUAAAAAGUUUUUCACUUUUAUCGCAAAAGAAGAGAACUCUAAGAAACAUAACUGCUUUGUGUUUGUCAGUGAAAAGCUGGCAGAAGAGAUUACACUGACUAUAGGGCAAGCUUUUGACUUAGCAUACCGUCAAUUUUUAGAGACAUCAGGCAAAGAUUUGGAGAUGAAGAGACAACAGAUGAUUCUUCAAAAAAGGAUUCAAGAGCUUGAAACAGAGAAUGCAAAUCUUCGUGGAAAACUUCAGCAGCUGCAGCCAGAACAGAAGCAAAAUGGAAUUCCAAAAAAUAAUUCAGAGAAUUCAAGUUUCGUCAUUGUCAAUGAAAAAACAACAAGUAGUCUUGAAGAAAAAACCAAGCCCAUACCUCCGUCAAUCCAACCCCCUCCUUCUGUGCCUCGAAGAAACAUUGAACGUACUUUAUCUAAGUCUCAAAAUUUUCUCAUUGAGUUUACAGAGUUGCCAUCUGAUGGCAUUGGUGAUAACAAAACAUCAAAUAAUAUAAAUUUUGGUGAGUUUGAAGAUUUUAACCCUAGAGAAGAACAAGAUAAAAUGAAUGGAAAUGGGCAUCUAGAAAAUGGAGUACAUGAAAAGGACGUAUUUACUCCAAUUCCAUUCAGUUCACCUCAGAGUGACCCAUUUGGAAUGGGGGAUUUCCAGCCUUCAUUUCUAGACACAAAAGAGCUGGAAACAGCUAUUGGAGCAAUUGACAAGAGAUUAUCUGAAAUGAGGGUGGGAUUUAGCCGAGGACUUUCGUUUGGAAAUGAUGACUUUUCAUUGGAAACAUUAGAUCCUUUGUACAACAAAACUUCGUAAUCAACUACGUAUAUAAAUUUAGAAAACUUAAAACAACUAUCAUUAAUAGUGAUAUUGAAAUGGCUUCAUUACUAAGUCAAGUGUUAUGGUUGUACUAUAAGGAGAAACCUAUGAAAAAAAUAAAGAUGUUUUAUAAUAC